AUGGGCCUACUGGUAGACCGCCCACACGACGAUGCCAUGCUAACAACAGAUCCCAAAGCUGAUGAAUUGAAUUGUUUCAUCAGUACGUUCAACAAUGCGCAUAAUCUCGUUUCACCAGCCGACACAGACACUGGUGGUCGCCGCGGCCCUUGGAUUGCAUAUAGACCCAAGAUUGACAACAAUUAUUACUCCUGUGGACACUACAUGCUCUUCUGUGAGAAGAACAAUCCAGACGCCAAGACCAGAAGCUACUACAAUCUGCCAAAUUUUCGUGGCUACGACAAUCACUGCUUCUUCAAGAAUGUCGCCGGCUUGUCCUUUGCCGUUUGCCUCACCAAAGACAAGAAGGAUCUCAAUCCCCGCAAGAUUGUGGACGUGGUAUUCCCAUUCGAUGGACCGGUCACGGGAGACAAUGCCGGUGGUGUUGAUAACCAGUGGCAUCUCAGCUACAGGAUGGACCAGAUAAUGGAGGUCAAAGGCCAGAAUCUGCGACCUACACUCGAUCCGAAAGCGGUUGGCGAACGCAAAUGCUUCAUGUCUCUCGCCGAGUCGGGCAUGCCUGGGAAAUAUUUCAAAAUGGACCAACAGUCGAAUCAGGCUUACUCACUUUACUGCACGAAUGCUGUCGGCGACAUGACGAACUUGCCAAAACCAAAUUGGAGGGGUUUGUACAAUUUGUGUUAUUGGGAGGUCAAGGAUGAGAUGUCAGCCUUUCCAAGCAAAGAUCUGGCGUGGCCAGGCACUUUUGUGACAUGCGUUGUGUUUGAAAAGGAGGAAAAGUGA